GAAAUCUCCCGCGCUAGUUGACGAACACGGAAGUCGACCGGAAAGGGCAGGGAUAUUUCGCGCCAAAUUGAAACAGAAGAGUUGACAGAGUGAGCGGCGGGAGAGACGAAGCGAGACUCGAACCUCCGAACAUCUCCUGAAGUUUCACCGUCUGUUUGUCCCGCUCAGCACAAGUGUCGCUAACAUGGAGGAGGCCAACAAGCUGAUCGGCACCGGGAAGAAGCACCUGGUGAUGGGGAAGGUGGUGGAGGCGGUGAGCGCCCUGCAGGAGGCCUGUGGCAUGCUGGCUAAAAAGUAUGGUGACACAGCGGAUGAGUGUGGAGAGGCGUUCUUCUGGUGUGGUAAAGCGCUCCUGGACCUGGCACGGAUGGAGAACUCAGUCCUGGGUAAUGCUCUGGAAGGAGUUCCUGAAGAAGAAGAGGAGGAAGAGAAACCCAAAGACUCUAACGUCGAGAGCACAGAAAACGUCGACGAGAAGACCAGAGACGAGCUGAGGGUUCAGGUGUACGACGCCAUGGCAGAGAAGAAAAACGAAGAUGCACAAAAGGCUGAAGGGAAGCAGAGUGAGAAGGCAGAGAAGAACGGUGCUGUGGAAAAGGCUGAGGCUGGCGAUGAAGAACAGAAAGCAGCAAAAAAGGGAGAGGAGGAAAAGAAGGGCAAGAAUAAUGAGGAGAAAUCGACUGAAAAUAAAGACGAGAAGAAAAAGGAGAAACAAGGCGAGGAAUCCACAGAGGAAGCAGAAGACGGUGAAGAAGAGGGGGAGGAGGAGGAGGAGGAUGCAGAAAUGGAUGGUGACGCACAAGAGGAAGGCGAAGGCACUGCUGAGAAGGACAGUGAUGAGGAGGAGGAGGAGGUGGGGAACCUGCAGCUCGCCUGGGAGAUGCUGGAAGUGGCUAAAGUCAUUUACCAGAGGAAAGAGUCGAAGGAUGAUCAGCUGAUGGCAGCUCAGACCCAUCUGAGACUCGGUGAAGUUUCUACUGAAUCAGGAAAUUACUCCCAGGCGUUGGAGGAUUUCAAGGAGUGUCUGAAGCUGCAGGUGAAACACCUGGACUCAGACAGCCGCCUCCUCGCUGAGACUCACUACCAGCUGGGCCUGACCUACAGCCUGAACCUCCAGUACCGCCAGGCUGUCGACGAGCUCAACAGCUCCAUCUCUGUCAUAAAGAGCAGGCUGGAUAAACUACAGGAGCUGCUGGACAAGGCCGAGGGCCCCGAGGCUCUGCCCGACGAGAGGAAGGAGAUGGAGGAGCUGAAGGCUCUGCUCCCAGAGAUCAAGGAGAAGGUGGAGGACGCCACAGAGGGACUGAAAACAGCCUCAGAGGCGAUGAAGGAUGCACUGGGGGGAGGCUCUACUUCCUCUGCAUUCCCAGAGUCUGCUCUACAGAACGGUGACGCUGCCUCCAGUUCAAAAAUCAACGGCACAUCAACCAAAAAAGUCAGUUCCACCAACGGACACUCGUCCUCAGCUCCAGUCUCUGACAUCUCCCACCUGGUCAGGAAGAAGAGGAAACCAGAGGAGAGUCCAGUGAAGGAGGGUGUGGUGAAGAAGGUGAAGCAGGAUGACAAAGCCAGCAGCGCCACUAACGGGCAGGAAAAAAAUAUGGAAGUCAAGAGUAAGUGAAGCUGGAUUCCCUCCUGACUUUUCUCUCUCUCGCCCAAGAGAUUCACCGUCCUGCCAAGCUCCUUCUUGCUACACUUGUUUGCUGUUGUAAAUAUGUGUAUCUUUAUCUAUGUCUGUUAUGGUCGUGUUGGUUCACAUAUGUUACUGUAAAGUUGAAUAAAGAAUCUAAUUUGAUAAAA